AUAAAAUGUUAUGUUUAAAAAUCACUAUCGUGCCGUUUAUUAUACUUAUAAGCUUCAAACUGACGAUACCUCGUCUAGUCUUGUAUUCGUUCAUUAAUCAAUGGUCAUGCGUUUGUCUAGUCAAAUAUAUGUAUAUCAGCGCUGACAUUGAUUUCGUUGGCUCGACUAAAUUUGCCAUUGCGUAUACGACACUUUCAUUCUUUUCGCGAAAGACAUAGCGCGCACAUAUAACAAAAUUGCUCUACGACUAACAGGUGAAAAAUGUCGGAGUGAAGUGAGUCACUUUCAAUCCCGCACUUGCGAACUUUUCUUUUUUAUUCUCUCGCAUAGUCAAUAAAUAAACAUGUCUCGCGAUGCUUUUGGUCCAUUGUCAGUUCGGCGAGUGUAGCACAAGUCGCGCUUAGAAAUUCUCACAGAAAAACCACUGCGCGCACAAUGACGAAGUUAAUCAACCUCGGCGGCACAGUGCCAAAGCUUCGCUGCUGCUGCGUUCGCACGUUUAGCGCGCAGAAAACAGCUUCCACGAAAAAGAUCUCCGACGAAGAAACCGAUAUUCUGAUCGAAGAUGUGAAAACAAGUGGAGUCAUAAUUUUGAACAGGCCAAAAGUGCUCAACGCUCUUAACUUAUCGAUGGUACGAAAAAUAAGCUCGGCAUUGAAACGAUGGCAGUCGGAAAAAAAUAUAGUUGUCAUCAAAGGAGCUGGUGGCAAAGCCUUCAGUGCCGGCGGAGAUGUCAAAACAGUCGUAUUAAAUUUACAAAAACCCGGCGGUGAAAAUUACGGUCGAACCCUGUUUCGCGAGCAGUACAGGCUCAAUUAUCUCAUUGGUACUUACCAAGUCCCGUACAUGUCGAUCAUGGACGGAAUAACAAUGGGAGGUGGCGUGGGCUUGUCGGUUCACGGCAAGUACAGAGUGGCCACGGACAGGACAAUAUUCGCCAUGCCGGAAAAUCUCAUUGGUCUCUUCCCCGACGUUGGAAGCUCGUAUUUUCUGCCCCGUUUAUCGGGAAAGCUGGGAUUGUUUUUGGGCCUCACAGGCUACCGGUUGAAAGGUGCCGAUGUUUUGCACGCGGGAAUCGCUACGCACUACAUUCCGUCCGAAAUAAUUGAUCAAGUCACUCAUGAUAUUAUUUUGAAUAAUAAACGAGUUGAAGAUAUUUUGAAACCAUAUAGCACUGCUGAUAACCAAGAGUACAGCUUGUCCCCUCACCUGAAGACCAUCAACGACUGCUUUUCACCGUCAACCGUUGAAGGUAUCAUUGAAAGAUUGGCUGACGAAAAAUCUGAAUGGGCGGAAAAUGUCAUUGAAACUCUUUCUAAAUUAUCACCUACUUCGCUCAAAGUAACAAAAAAGGCUUUUGACGAAGGUAUCAAGAAAAAUUUUGCAGAAUGUUUAAGUACAGAAUAUAGGCUGGUAUGGGCUUGCUUAAAUCGAAACAGCGAUUUUUACGAAGGAGUCCGAGCUCGACUGAUAGACAAAGAUCAGAAGCCAAAGUGGAAUCCUAAAGUACUACGGAAAGUAACAAAUGAACAGAUCGAAAAACGAUUCCAAUUUUUAUCCCCAAGAGACGAAUUAGCUUUACCGUAAAUUUAAGUUAUGAAACAAGAAACAUUAUUUUCAAAUCAAAACCUCUGCAUGUAAAAACAUUCGCUUUAUUCGUGUAAAAUAAGCCAAAGAAGUUAUGCAAAUUUUACUAUGUAUCUUAGAUCUAUUGCAGAUGCACAUUGAACAUAUUUAUAUUAUUUAUAUAAUGAAUUAACCAAUCACACAAUCAACAUUAAGCAUCGGAUGUUAUUUUUACAAUAAAUUAAAAUUACUAAAUUGUGUACUCACUCGCGCGCAUUUUCUAUCAAAAUUAACAAUAAUACGAGAAAAAAAUUGUUAAAAAUAAUCUCCUUUACAUACAGAGAUAAUUUAUGUUGUUUCACAAUAGUAGAAGAUACAGAUGAUUUUUCAUCAAUCUUUGGAAUAUGUUAUUUCGAAAAAUGAAGCUAUAGUAACAAAAAGUAAAGAUUAAAAAAUAUUCGUUUGGGUGUACAUUACAAAAAUUUUACUACAGCGGAUUUUUAAUUUGUUCUGAAAAUCUUUUUGUCUAUCGUAGGAAAAAAGAUUCUCAUAUCUAUAAAUGUUUUCUUAUAGUCUCAAAAAUAGCAACUAUCUAAUAGAUCAAUGUUUUGUGAAUGGUAAAAUGAAUAAUUAAUUUUUUUUUUAUCAAUCAAGCCUUUUUGACAAAGCAUGUAUGAAAUAAAAGAAUCGUAAAGAUAUCUGGACUUCUUAAA